AUGUGUACUAAAUCAUCGGUGGACUUGGACGGAAGAACAGCAAUUGCAGAGAUCAAGUCAAGAGUACCAAGAAAGAUGAAGCUGUUAUUAGAUAUACCGUUAGAAAUAGUCGAUGAUAUACUAUUUUUCUUGCCCCAGCAAGAGAUAAUUAAUUUAUCGCUAACAAACUUUCAGUUUUAUCAGCCAUGUAUGAAAAAAUUAUAUCAGAAGGUAACUAUUAGAAAAGACCCAGUGCUUAAACAGAAUAAGAAUAAUGUACGAGGCAUUGACUUCACUGAUUCAACUCAAACCGUUAUUUAUGGGUUCAAUAAGAUUACAAAGGAGGAGAAUCAUUUCAAGCUUAUCAAUGCCCGCUUGCAAUCAUUAAUAUCCUCAAUUUCAAUCAAUACACAACUACUUGACUAUAUUGAAGAAGUAACAAUCUUUGAUUCUUUUGAUAAAGCCAUCAAUGAAACAUUACUAAAGUUAAUAAGUUCGCUAGAGAAGUCUGGCUUGAAAAGAUUGAUAAUCACCAAUCCCGCAUUACGGAAACAGGUGAAUCAAAUCAUAUUGAAAGAUGGAUUUCAGAAUCUUCAGUCGAUAAUAAUUGAUAAUGUAAACCAAUUAAACGGCAUAACUAAGUUUCCUAGCAUUAGAGAGCUAAUUGUAUCAUUCAAGGAGGAUACUCAAGAAAAUCAAUUCAGUGAGCUUAGGGUAAACCAACAUUUGGUUAAAAGUCUAAAACAACUCAGGUCAAUAACUGUAACAACGGAUAAUAAAUCAUACAUCCUUUUUAUAGAAGUUUUGAAUUAUAUUAAUGACAAAAUUGCAUUUCAACUAAAUUUACACAUGUUUACGUUGAACUAUUACCACAAUGACUUAUUACUUAUCGAGAAAUUUAUUAAGAGUAAUAUUAUAAAUUGGAAAACAAUUACAUCCUUACAGUUAGCUAUUGGAUGUGAUGACGUGAAGUGUAAUCAAGAAUGUUUGUCGAGAUUAACACUUCCGGUUUAUUUGUUGCAAAAGAUUGCCUUUGUUCAGAAUACUGAAAAGGUUAUUGACACACAUAAAUUUAAUGAAGUAUGGGACAUUAAGGUCGUUGGUAUGUUGCAAGAACUCAACACUAAAGUCUUAAAGUAUGUUUCUAUUCGACACAGCCCAUGCGAAAAUGGAGUGUUCUUCGAUGGAAUGGAAGGAAAUUAUUUACAACGUGUAAAGCUAUACACACAUACCCUACCAACCGCAAUUGAAUCAAAUAGAGCUACUUUAGUAUUGCCUAACUUCAUGAAAAGUUUGUCAUGCUACGAGCAAAUGAUGAAUAAUUUAUUGUGGAAUGGUUGCAAGUGUGGCCAUUGUGCAAUUUACUUGGGCGACUUGGACGAACAUCUUAUGUGCCACAAAUAUUAUAACUUGAAACUACACCGAUUCAAGGAUAUUAUCAGUAGUAACUUACUUGUCACCAUUAGCGAGUGGCUAAGCAGACGACUCCAUGGCUCCGAUAUUUUGAGUGAUCUAGAUUACUUAAGGUAUCCGUUCAAAGAUAAUACGUGGAACUUCCAUGACAACCUUUUCUCCAUUCCCUUCAAAUGCUUAAACCACAAGAACUAUGAAGAGCACGAAUACGAUGAUGAAGACGAAGUAGACAUCUUCCACGAUGCGAAAUCUGAGUUUGAGCCGUGCAAAUUCGACGAACAUCUCUUCAGACCCGUUGGAAAAUGUAUGUCUCACUUCAUAAACGAUCUCAUUAUUCAAAUUGUUGAUCUAAAUAGAGGUAACGCAGAGGAUAUCGAACUCGACAAGUUUAAUGAUCUCAAUGAUGGAACUGGUAUUGAGAAAUUUAGAAAAAUCAUAUUCAACGGAAUUUGCUACAACUUAGACAAAGAAUUGAACGGUACAAGCUACUUUCAAAAUGUAUAUGAUUAA